CGCAUUCCAGUCCCGUCUGCAUCGCCAUUCCUGAGUUAUGGCUGAUUGAAAUACACAAGAUAAAUUCAACGAGACAAUGGCUUUGGCGAAACAAAAUGUUAAAAAGUUGAAGUGGGCGUUGGAUUUUUCACACAAGAUCAAACAGGACAAAGAAAUACCAUCACCACCGGGAUAUACACCAUCUGCUGCACUUUUACAAAACACAGAGAUGCAGCGGGAUAACGAUUCUAAUCAUUUAAUAAUUAAAAAAUCAUGGGACUUGGCACUUGGUCCAUUAAAGCAAGUUCCCAUGAAUUUGUUCAUCAUGUUUAUGGCUGGAAAUUCCAUAUCAAUUUUUCCUAUUAUGAUGGUUGGAAUGCUAAUAACCAGGCCAGUAAAGGCUCUCUUUUCUCUCCAACAAACUUUCAAAGUGAUCGAGGGUACUCACGUAUUUGGCCAAAAGUUUGUAUUUUUCCUCGGGCAAUUGGUCAACAUAGCGCUUGCUCUAUACAAAUGUCAAUCAAUGGGAUUGCUGCCCACACACGCUUCAGACUGGCUAGCAUUUGUAGAACCUCAAGCUAGAAUAGAAUAUUCGGGCGGAGGUCUUGUUUAUAUCUAGUUCAUGAGCCUAGAGAGGGAUUAAUGGUAUGAAGGGUGGAAUACCUUUGUGUUAAGAAACACUUUAACAGAUGAAAGAGACGGGUUUGGUGAAUAAAAACAAUGUAAAGUUUGCAGGAAGUUUAUAUUUAAAGAAGCAAAAUAUCAACAAAAAUAUAUGUAACAGUAAAACAAA